AUGCGUUCCUUCACCGCCAUCAUCUUCGCCGGCCUUGCCGCCCUUGCCGCUGCGGCUGAGAACCCCUUCGUCGUUCCCACCACUGGCUUCCAGCCCGUUGCCGGUCAGCCUAUCAACAUCGAGUGGAAGCCCACUGCCGGUAAGACGGUGACGCUGGUGCUUCGCUCUGGUUCCAGCACGAACUUGCGUGAGGGUACGCCCAUCGUCGAGAAGACUGCCAACAACGGCAACUUCACCUGGAACGUCGACAAGAACACGGUGCGCGGUGCCGACUACACCAUCGAGAUCAUCAACGACGACGACACCUCCGAGACCAACUACUUCCCGUACUUUGUGCUCGACAGCACCGUCGUCGUCGCCAGCACCACCACCUCCCUCUACACCUACGGCGCUCCCACCGGCACUUCUUACGGCAACAUCCAGAAGACCAAGGUCACUGCCACCGCUGCUGCCAUGUCGGCGUCGUCCACGGCGGACGCUAGCGCCGACGCCUCGGGCGCUGACGCCGUCUACCUCUCCGGUGGUCUGGCCGCCGCCUUCGCUGCCGCUGCGGCCAUGAUCGCUCUGUAA